AUGCCAACGAUACCCGAUUUUCAUAGUAAGCGCUCCACCAACACCCAGCAGCAGGGGGUCAUCCCCUCCCGUCGGCCGGGCUCGGCCAAGGGGAAGAAAGGUGCGGGAAGGGAGAAGCCUCCCUCACCCUACCUAGUUACAGCUGGUUCGAAGAAGCACAAAAGCAAGAGCAGCCACGCAGUUGGUUCCAAGACACCAACCGGUCUUAAAUCAGCCAGGGAAUACUGGUUAGACGGACUCAAGAGUGGAAAAGGAGGUCUAACAGGUUGUUCUAAGAGUAGCAACUAUCUUGGAGUACCGAAGAAGGCCCCAGCAUUUUCCAGCACCAGUGACUACCUAAAAGAGACAGUGCUCAACAUGCAUCCCAGGAAAAGCUCCAAGAGUAGGGCUAUGGUCAGCGACCCCAUACACAGGAACAUGAAAGGUGUUCCAUCGUACAAACCCCAGGAAGAGAUGUACGAUGAGAUCCUGGAUCUCAAGAAGCAAGUUAAUGCCUUGAGAGCAGAGAAUGACAUGGUGAAAGCUAAGAACCAGCGGUUUGAAGAUGACCUCGUGAAGAAAGAAAGGCAGAUUGAUCAGCUUCUUGAUCCAACUAAGAGUGACCUUCGAAACACCCUUAAUAGCAGGCAACCAGAUUCAGCAGCGAAAGUGAACAGCUUGAAGCAAAGAAAUCUAAAGCUGGAGAUGAAUCUAAAGGACAAAGAAGCAGAGCUUAUGAAGCUGAAGAAUGAUAUGAAAGGAACUCGUAUGGAAGAGAUGAAGGUUGCCAUGGAAUCAUUCUAUCAAGAGGUUCAAAGACUCCGCUACCAGCAAUCACAUCAAACAGGAAAAGCAACCAGACCAGGUACUGCCGAAAGAGACUCCUCAAACUCCACGGCCAAAGUGAAGGCCCUCAAUGGUACCAUCCUGAGACUCACAGAGAGUAAUCAGAGACUACAGAGCGAGAAUAAGCUGCUCAAACAGGACUUGGAGAGGACGCUGUAUGAGAGUUCAGCCUACAACGGACCAGCACGCUCAGAGAAGUCACAAAGAGAUUAUGAAGAUUUGAACAGAAGGGAACUGUUGGCUGCAGUAGUUAACUUACAGCAGAAAAUGGAUCACAUAGAGGGCAAGGGGAUGCGCAAAGACCGUCAUGCGGAUGGAGAGAUGCCGGGGAAGAUCCCUCUGACCGGAUCACUGUCUGACCGUCUUGACCAGCUGGACAAACGAGAGACCGAGCUCCUCAAGGAGAAAGGGAGACUGGAAAAAGAUGUGAGCAGGCUCCGGGAAGACAAAACCAAGUUUAGACAGAAGGUGGAGCAGUUUGAGGAUGAGAACAAAGCUCUGCAGAAGGAGAACGAGAGGCUGAAGGAGCAGGCCAAGUCCAUGACUCCAAGACAGAACGGUAGCAUGAAACGGCAUCCCAGCAGCGAGUCCCUCCACAGCAAACGUAGUGACAGACAUGGUGACAGAUACAGUGACAGACAGAGUGACAGACACAAUGAAAGACAGGAUAGGAGCAGUGAGAGACAGAGUGAGAGACAGAGUGACAGACGGAGUGACAGACAGAGUGACAGACAGAGCGAUAGACGAAGUGAUAGACAGGACAGGAGCAGUGACAGACAGAGUGAUAGACAUAGUGACAGAUACAGUGAUAGACACAGUGACAAACACAGUGACAGACAUGGUGACAGACACAGUGACAAACAUAGUGACAGAUACAGUGAUAGACACAGUGAUAAGCACAGUGACAGGCUGAGUGACCGAAGCGAGAAGAGGUCACGAGCAAACAGCUCGGCUUCGUCGAGGAGGAAGCAGAGAGAAGAGGAGGAGGAGCUGAGGGACAGAGAGCGCAGACUGGAAGAGCUGAGACAGAACAGAUCGGCACGCACUCUGCAGAAGGGCUGGAGGGCCCACAAGCAAAGGGAACAAGAUCGUGGCAGUGAUCUGGAUGAAGCUGCUACUACAAUCCAAGCUGCAAUGCGCGGUCAUCACAGACGCAAGGAUCUCCUUGACCGCUUCAACUCAGAACCCUUCUCACCUUCAACAACGGAUGCAGCCAGCGACAGGGUGCGCGAUGACGAGGAUAGCGACGAUUAUGAUGAUGCCGCCAUGACGAUACAGUCUGCUGCCAGAGGUCAUUGGUCACGCAAAGAGCAACUAAGUAAAUUCUCCAAUAGAUCUGAUUCUGAGCCAGAGUCAGCGCGAUCUUUCCGCAGCGGCAAGUCCAGCAAGGCAGGGUCAACAAAGAGUGGAUUGGAUAGGUUCAUGUCUGGAUCAAGACCUGGAUCCAAGGCAGGAUCAUCCAGCAGAGCAGGAUCAGUUCGGAAUGGAUCAAACGUAUUGAGGAAAGAUCCCCUGUCAGAAGAGGAUUCGGAUGACUCUCUCGUGAUGUCUACCACCUCAAAGAAGAGCUCUGUAUCCAAGUACAGUAAUAAGUCAGGGAACAAAGGGAAACAGACUAACAACUCCUUCUCAUCUAAGACCUCGUCGACAAACCCGCGACAAGCUCAACGCCUUACGUCCUCUAUUCCGGAAGAAGACUCGAGCGAUGACGAUGAUGAUAUCGUUGUCACGGUCAAACCGAAUAAACCUCCUUCCACCACCAUCACAACCACCAACACCUCUGUUAAAGCUAAAUCCAAGAGAUUUGGGUUCUUCUAACCCGGCGUCACAGUCGUUCACUCUCUCAUCUCAGGCUUCUUUAUUUCAUUCUUUCCAUUCCAGUAUAAUUGUGGGUCUGUGCAGAUAAGUUGUAUUAUCUCUCUCUUCUUUUGGUGUUUAAUUGUGUGAUGUAAAAGCUGGAAUUGCUCUGUUCUCAUGACCCUACUGAUUGUAACAGUUCAAGCACCUAUUAAAGCCCCACUGCACUACUUAUAGCUACUUGUGCCCUCUAAAUAGCAAACAAUGCCUAAUCGGUGACCAUUGG